AAGUUCUCGAGUUCAGGAAAACUGAAACUAAAUCAUUGUCAGGUUUUUGUAUGUUUCUUCUUUUUUUAAAAUGGCAGAAGCAAGUGUUUCUCAGGAUCAGUUUAUUUGUUCAAUCUGUUUGGAUCUACUAAAGGAUCCUGUGACUAUUAACUGUGGACACAGUUACUGUAUGAGCUGUAUUACAGACUACUGGGAUCAGAAGAGAGACUACAGCUGCCCUCAGUGCAGACAGACCUUCACUACAAGACCUGUUUUAGGUAAAAACACCAUGCUGGCUGAAGUGGUGGAGAUACUGAAGAAGACUAAACUACAAGCUGCUCGUCCUGAUCACUGUUAUGCUGAAGCUGGAGAUGUGGAGUGUGACGUCUGUACUGAGAGAAAACACAAAGCUGUCAAGUCCUGUCUGGUGUGUCUGAACUCUUACUGUCAAAAUCAUCUUGAACAACAUGAGAAAUUCUUCAAAGGGAAGAAGCACAAUUUGAUAGAUGCCACUGGACGACUUCAGCAGAUGAUCUGCCCACAACAUGACAAAAUGCUUGAGAUUUACUGUUGUACUGAUGAGCAGUGUAUAUGUUAUCUGUGUAUGAUGGAUGAACACAAUGAACAUAAGACUGUAUCAGCUGCAGCAGAGAGGACUGAGAAACAGAAAGAACUAAAGGAGACACAGAGAAAAUACCAUCAGAGAAUCCAGGAGAGUCAGAAGAAGCUUCAGGAGCUGAGAGAUGCUGUGGAGACUGAUAAGCGCUCUGCACAGACAGCAGUGGACGACACUGAGAAGAUCUUUACUCAACUGAUCCGAUCCAUUGAGAGAAGACGAUCUGAGGUGACACAGCUGAUCAGAGAUCAGGAAAAGGCUGCAGUGAGUCGAGCUGAAGGACUCUUGAAGCGACUGGAGCAGGAGAUUGAUGAUCUGAGGAGGAGAGAUGAUGAGCUGGAGCAGCUUUCACACACAGAUGAUCACAUCCAUUUCCUCCAGAGUUUUCAGUCUCUCUCUGUUCCUCCUGAAUCAUCAGACUCACUCAGCAUCACCGUCAGUUCUCUCCUCUUUAUUGAUGAUGUAGUGAAAUCUCUUUCUCAUCUAAGAGAGAACUUGGAGGAUUUCUUCAAAAAGACAGCAAAGAUAAUUGACAGAGUUACCCUUGAACCCAAGACCAGGAAAGAGUUCCUACAAUAUUGCCAUCACUUCACUGCAGAUCCAAACACAGCACAUAAAUGGCUCUGUCUGUCUGAUGGGAACAGAGUGAUUACUAAUACUGGCAGAGUCCAGCAGUAUCCUGAUCAUCCCGACAGAUUUAAUAAAUACCAUCAGGUGUUGUGUAAUGAGAGUAUGAGUGAACGCUGUUACUGGGAGGUUGAAUGGAGUGGAAAUGUGCGAAUAUCAGUGUCAUAUAAGAGCAUCAGCAGGAAGGGAGGGGGUUAUGAGUGUUUGUUUGGAUUUAAUGAUCAGUCCUGGAGUUUGUGCUGCUCUGACGUCGGAUACACAUUCUGGCACAAUAGCGUUAGUAAAAAACUCUCUGGAAUCUCUGGAUCGUCUAGAAUAGGAGUGUAUGUGGAUCACAGUGCAGGAUCUCUGUCCUUCUACAGCGUCUCUGACACAAUGACCCUCAUCCACAGAGUCAAAACCACAUUCACUCAACCUCUCUAUCCUGGGUUUGUGGUUAUUAGUAAAUCAGUGAAACUGUGUAAUGUAACAAAAUAGAUCAUACAAUUGAUAUUGUUAAAACAUAAGUUAAUUUUAAAUCAACAACUGUGAAAGUGUCUGAAACAUUUCUCAACCAGAAUAAAGCAUUUCGCAGCCCUGUGGUAUAGACCAUUUACGCAAAAAACGGAAAUACGUCAACAAAGCGUAAACACAAUUCCAGUAUAUGCUUUGUUGUUGGUGGGGAAAUGGCAGCUAGAGUGUUUCCAACUUUCCUAACUUGUUUACUGAAGUUUACCGGCACCGAUGUGGUGAAGAGUGUGGGUAUACAUUCGUCCACUAUAGGGAACAAACUGGAUAAGGGAUAUACAUUCUUCCACACGGAGUUUAUCCACAUUUAUCAAGGUAAGCUUUAGCUACAAAACCGGCUAUAACUCCGUUUACGUUAAUUGUAAAUCUAGGGGUUGUGAAUUUGUAAUAUAAGAUUUAACACAUCGCAGUGAAUAUGUCGUGUGUAAGUUAUGUUUAAGUGAGAUGGCAUGAGAUUAACAUAACCAGUAAUUUGGUGUAGCUGCUGUACUAGGUAAAUGUUACUGGCAGUCUGCUGCAAAGUUGUGUAUUUCUAUAUGAGAGACAACACGCAAUGUUUUCUUGUUACAUGCGGUUAAAGUAUCAAAUAUACUACAGGGACAGGUAGUAGUGAGCGGUAGAUGCUUCAGAUCAAUGAGAGAGAGCGCGGAGCCACACAAACUGGAGGUUUUAAUACAGACAGAAUGCCGGUUGGCAAAAGUUUCCUGUUCUUGCAUGUUCACUCUUCUUGCUGCGGCACUUUCUUCACUUACUAUUACUAUUAUAUACUAUUAUAAACUAUUAUAAAGGUAGGGCUGUUUCUGGUUGGUGGACGAACAGCCUUGAACACCACAGAAAUGCGACACUUUGACUCUGCUAUUUUUCGUAUCUGCUGCUACAAUAACAAGAAGUUGUAAUACACUUUGUUGACGUAUUCCAGUCGAAAAAAUGCGGAAGUGCGUAAAAGGUCUAUAAUACAGUAAUAUACAAAAAAUCCAUAGUUUUAAUACAAAAAACUGUCAGCUGUGGUUGCCAGAAAAGUUCUGUAAAAAUACGGUUUAAAACAGUGAAAAACUGUUUAUGCAUUACAGUAAAAGUUUGUAUAUUUUACAAAUCUUAACCGUAGAUUUUCUCUAAACUGUUAAGAACCCCUUGUUUUGAUAGUAAAAUGAAGAUGUGAUUGCCAGAAAACAGCUGUAAAAAUACUUGCACGUAGACAACUUCGAUGUUUUGUAUUUCAUUAGCAUAAUUAUGAUCACAGCUUAAAAUUAACCGAAAACCACUAUACAGGUGAUAGACAGCUUCUGCUAAACAGAACCACUUUUCUGGCAACCACAGCUGCCAAUUUGUUUAAAAUGUAUCAUCAAUCAGCAACCACAGCUGCCAAUUUGUUUAAAAUGUAUCAUCAAUCAGCAAACCUUCUUCAAUAGUUGUCUCUUGCUUUAACAGGAGCAGAAACAUUAUAAUACUUUUUUUUGCAUUACGUUUUUGCAUACCUAAUAUUUGCACAAAAUCCUUGAGAAAUGAUUAUUAAGAAAUGAAGAGUUUUGUUGCAAAACGAGAUAAAUCCGUUUUUUUUUUUAAUUAUUCAGAAAUCUCGUUUUUUGGUUGUGCAUUCCAAUUAAUAUCAAUUCAACUGCAGUUGGUUUGUUUUGAUUUAAACCUUCAUAACUUAAAAAAUACAGCUAAGUAGCACCAUAAAACAAAAUAUUAACAUGAUAACAUAAUAAUAAACAUGUUUUGACAAAAAUGUAAAAAAUGGAUUUAUCUCGUUUUGCAACGAAACUCUACAAAUAUACAGAACUAUAUCCAUCAUUAUCCAUGUUGAGCGCGAUUGGUUGUUCGGUGCCGACAUCUAAGCUUUAGGAUCAAAGUCUGAGCAGAAAGUAAAUGUUCAGCUUCAUGGUACUGACCAAGC